AUGGUGUCUACGUCGGAUAUCGACCGAACCCCAAAGAGUUUGCUGGCUGCUCUUCAGGACUGUGAGGAUGUCAUCGACUGCAUCAUUCAAAGGAAACAGGACUUUGAAACCUUCUUGGAAGGUUUUGAGAAACAGAAGAUACAAGAUCGGCUGCUCAGUGCAUCUGAGAUCUCACACAGCUACAGUCAAAAACUUCUGGUCAUGACCGACAAAGAGAAGUCAACAGAAGACAGAGUGCAACAGGAAUACAGCCUGGAUCCGCAUUACUCAGUGAUAGUCAGCAAGGACUGUCUGUUCAAUGAGUCCUGUUGCCCUGAAGCAGACGGCUACACCGUAGUGCAAAUAUUUGGAAGUGUUUCAGAAGAUGGACAAAGUGUAUCUGGGCUUUCUGGCUCAUCUCUUGCGGAGCUGAUGUUCAAACCAUCAGUGAGAGGAACUCCAGUCUUCUCCCUUAAUGGAAGCACGUCCACACACUUCCAGCAAAACUUCAUGCGCUUUUUUCAGAUCCGUGGAAUCAAAGCAGUCUUAGAAACCAACCAGGAGAAUCACCAGCUGUACCAGGUCAUGGAUCAACACGGCUCAUUUUCCAGCUACAGAAUUCCACAAAGACCAGUUGAUCACACCACACAGUACGACCACCAGCAGAUCAUCACUAUGGAAUCUAAUCGUGUGUUCAGAAAAGCUGCAACUUUUCUUUAUGAGAAGCAUCCAGAUGUGAGCUCCGUCUACAUUCUUGAUGAAAACCAAAGACCAAAACUGAUCCGUGGGGCCUCUGUGCCGCUGUCAGAGGACAGCAGACUGGUGCUGGUCGGUCACGGGGCCAAAGACAGUUCAGGAGACAUGAGAUUGUCUGGGUACGGAGCCCAAGAUGUGGCCAAAGUAAUUCAGAGGACCUCCAGAGUCAGUGAUACGAUCAAAACAACAAGUGUGGUGGCAUGUGAGGUCGGAUCCGAUAAAGUCUUCAUCCAACCCUGCUGA